AUGGGAGAAAAACAGAAAAGACGACAAAAGCUUUGGAAUGUUCCACGGAUUCCUUGCAUUCGGGUCCCUUCCUCUGCCUACACCCACAACACUCCCUUAAUGAAGGACCUAACCCAAGGGCAGCAACGCUACUUUUAUAGCAUCAUGAGGAUUUACAAUUCCAGACCCCAGUGGGAGGCCCUGCAGAACCGCUAUAUUCACAGCCUUCAGCACCAGCAGCUGCUUGGCUACAUUACACAACAGGAAGCUUUGGCUUGUGCAACUGUACUUAGAGAUUCAACCAAGAGAGCCUCAGCUAAGGUAGCUCCUCAAAGAUCCAUCCCCCGGAAGCCUUCAGCCAUGACAAGAACAUGGCUGUCAGCACUACCUGUGUCUGUGGUUCGACCCAGGGCUCAAAGAGCAGGGCUUGGAUCCCUCAGGAAUUGA